UAGUACGAGAUUUCAAUUCACAGAGAAAGCAGUUAAAAUGGAGCCUCCAGUGCCAGCGCAUCCUGUCUUGCCCAAACACACUGAGCUCUCACCGGAGCAGUUUGCGUUCCUGGAGGAACAUUUCCGGGCCCGUGAAGAUCUGCUUGUCGGAGCUCCUCAUGUCUUGGCAGCACUCAAUGAACGCUGCGCCGAUCUGGACGCCGAUCUCCUCCACCUCGGAAGAGACCUGGCCAAUCGCGCCGUUUCCUGGAUCUCUCGCUCCUUCGCGGCCAGGACCUCCAUUCACCAUCUCAAUCUUAAGAUUGAGAAUCUCAGCCUCCGCUGUGCUCCACAUGGGGUGGGUUCCAAGGUAUGGGCUGAAGAGCUGCCUCAGCUUGCUAAGAAAGUAAGGCAAAUAGAGGGUAUUCACAAUUAUGUUGAGACUGCUCUACGAUUGGAAGCUCUGGUUGGGGAUCUUGAAGAUGCUGUUUUCCGCGUCAUGAAUCGGCAUUCCGGGACUUUGUUCUCAGCAAAGGUUUCAAAUUCAUCAAUUGCUUCUAAAUGGUUUCGCCACUCCUGCUUGCAUGACUCUGGACCAAAGCAAGAGAAGUUGCUUCAAGCCAUAAAAGCCAUGAAUGAUAUUGAAAAAUUAUUGAUCAACAUUGGGAAAUUCCAGCCUCAGUGGUGUAAUCUUUUGAAAUCUGUUGAUGCUAGAGUAGAUAAAAUUUUGGGUGCUCUCAGGCCACAAGUUUUUGCAGAUCACCGAGCUGUUCUUGCUUCCCUUGGUUGGCCACCAAAACUUUUGACAUCUAAAACCGAAAGCAUACAAAUAUCUGGCAUCCCUAACCCUCUAGGUCUGAUGCAAGGAGACAAAAGAGAGAGUUAUUCUCAUAGCUUUGUCGCUCUUUGCGCUUUACAGCAUCUGCAGAAACAAAGGGAAGAGCGACAGUUUAAUCUUUUAGGAAGAAAGGAGUACAAUAUGCAGCUCUGGGCCAUUGAUGAAUUGGUAUCUCCUAUUGCAUCCCGGAUGGAGUACCACUUUGCGAAAUGGGUUGAUCAGCCUGAGUUUAUCUUUGCUCUUGUGUAUAAAGUUACACGGGAUUUUAUCGUGGGAGUGGAUGAUGUGUUGCAGCCUUUGAUUGAUAGAGCAAGAUUGGUAAGUUGUAGUGCUAAAGAAGCUUGGCUUUCUGCAAUGAUCCAAAUGCUGUCUGGGUUUUUAGCAAAGAACAUUUUCUCUGGUCUUGCUGAAAGAUACAGGGAAAUACAUAUGAAAUCUGAAGUUAUGACUUCAUGGCUUCAUCUGAUAGACCUCAUAGUUGCUUUUGAUAAACGGAUGCAAUCGCUUGUAAAUUUGGAAACAUGUCUCUUCCUGGCAGAGUCUGAAAAGUAUGAAGGGCUUUCAAGAGGCAUGUCAGUAUUAAUGAUAUUCUGUGAUAGGCCUGAUUGGCUAAAGAUUUGGGCAAAGAUAGAGCUCAGGGUUGCUUGUAAGAAGCUAAAAGCAGAACUGAAAGAUGAGAGAGCUUGGAUAAUUGAUAACAAACAUGGAUCUGCAUUGCACAUCAAUACAAACACUGAGCAAUAUCUUCUUUCUACUAGAGAAGACCAUAAAGCUCCAUCCAUUGCAGAAUCUGCCCUUAAAAUUUCAUGGGAAUUGAUUGAGCGAUGUCAAACUCUGCCAGCCACAUUACCACGUCUACAAUUUAUCAGAUCAGCUGCAGUCAAAUUCCUCUGGUACUUUUUUGAAGUACUCCUUUUGCGGUUCCAGAGGACCGAAUUCCCUCCUGAAUAUUCUAAUGAUGAUGCAUUGAUCAGAUUAUGCGGAUUAAUUAAUGCUGCCAGAUACGUGGAAUCAAAACUGCAAGAAUGGAGUGAUGAUGUGGAGAUUCUCGAGAUGAGAAUUGCUGAAAAUGAUUCUAAUCAUCAUGACAAAGAUGAAAGUAUUGACAACAGUUGCUUCUUUGUAGAAGAAAUAGAAAACUUAUCUGAGUUUGAGACCAAUUGGCUUAUGGAGAUAAUUGCUGUUAUUCUUCGCGAAUUUGAGAAUCUUUCCUUGGAAUAUGUCCAAAAUAAGGAAAAUUUUGAGCAAGAGCUAGCAGCUUUAACUCCAGUUAGAUUAUCGGCAACCAUGGAUCUACCUGUAUCAACUGAUUUUGUUGAAGCAUUAGACGUUCUUAGAAGUCAGCUGAAUGUUUUGAAAACGAGUCUCAAUCCAAGAGACUUCUUGGAUUUAUGGAGAAGUGUUGCUGAAGGGCUUGACCAUUUCGUUUCUUGCAGCAGUCUCACAAGUAAGAUUCAAUUUUCUGACUGUGGGGUGAGUCAGUUUGAAACUGAUAUGCAAGCAUUGUUAUGUAUUUUUCAGCCGUUUUGUGCUCGGCCCCAAGCAUUUUUCCCAUGUAUUAAAGAGACUCUUAAGCUGUUAAAUAUGAACAAGGGAGAGGUAAGGCAUUUGCGGGUGGUUUUAUCCACUGGUGAAAAUGGAAUGAAAUGCUUGCAUGUUCAUGGAAUUUCCCACCUCCCUUUUGAUCAAGUUGAUAAACUUUUGAGGAACAGGAAGUUUGGAACUUGAUAUUCACAAGGAUUAUUUAUCUAUUUUCCUUCGAGCUUGUUGUAGUUA